UUUCGUGGACCUUUGAGGCCCACGCCCCACGGCCCACGCACAGCCUCAACCUGUCGCCUGUUGGCUGUCGGGUCAUUCUCCAUUACUGUCUUCGACUCUCCACGCAACUCAUUUUUUGUUGAUAUUGGGAACCCAAUCGUCUGCUGCCUUAGUUGUUCUUCAGUGCCACUGCGUAGUUUUGGAAUUCAUUUAUUUUUAUUUUAUUUUAUCAAAUUCAUACUCCUAUUCUGGUCUCAUUCUCUCUUAAAUUUGUCGUUUUUUUUUUUAAGAAAUUUUUAAUUUUUGAAAUUUGUUGCUGCAAGAGGGCGUGAAAUUGCCCCCAAAGGGGGGGGGGGGGGGGGGGGGGUGUGUUUCCGCGUGCAAAUAAUUAAUUUUGGACAGUUGGGUUUCUUGAUGGGUACUGCGUCUGCUCAGUACCCAGUUAGCAUCAGUGCGCAUUUUCAUGGAAGAUUGAAGGUUUCACCUCUUGGGUUGGAUUUCUCAAGUUUCAGUUGCCCUUCCAAUUGGGGAUCUUCAAGAGUGAACUUGUACCCAGCUUCUGCUCCCAAGGCAAAUUUUGGUCGGAUAUUUUCUCAUCCAAAUGAUGGUUUCUUUCCAGGAAAAGCCCCAACACCCAUUCUUGAUAUGGUUGACAAUCCUAUUAACUUGAAGAACUUUUCUCUUAAGGAACUAAAACAAUUAGCUGAUGAAAUCCGUUCAGAGUUAUCUUUUAUAAUGUUGAAAACCCAAAAACCCUUGAAAGCCAGUCUGGCAGUGGUGGAGCUAACAGUUGCAAUGCACCAUGUUUUCCAUGCUCCAGUAGACAAGAUAUUGUGGGAUGUGGGCGAACAAACAUAUGCUCAUAAAAUUCUCACAGGAAGGCGGUCCCUAAUGCUUACACUUAGACGAAGGAAUGGUCUUUCAGGUUUCACAUCUCGCUCUGAGAGUGAAUAUGAUGCAUUUGGUGCAGGUCAUGGAUGCAACAGUGUCUCUGCUGGACUAGGUAUGGCAGUUGCAAGGGAUAUCAAAGGGAAAAAGGAACGCGUAGUAACUGUGAUCAGCAAUGGUACAACCAUGGCUGGUCAGUUGUAUGAGGCAGCAAGCAAUGCUGGAUAUUUGGACUCGAACAUGGUAGUGAUUCUAAAUGAUAGCCGUCAUUCUCUACAUCCAAAGCUUGAGGAGGGCUCCAAGACAUCAAUUAAUGCCUUAUCUAGUACUUUAAGCAAGCUUCAAUCAAGUAAAUCUUUCCGGAGAUUUAGAGAAGCUGCUAAGGGUGUUACUAAAAGAAUUGGUAAGGGUAUGCAUGAAUUGGCUGCUAAAGUUGAUGAGUUUGCACGUGGUAUGAUGGGUCCAUUGGGAUCUACUCUUUUUGAAGAGCUUGGGUUAUAUUAUAUUGGCCCCAUUGAUGGACACAAUAUUGAAGACUUAACUUGUGUUUUGAAAGAAGUUGCAUCUUUGGAUUCAAUGGGACCUGUGUUGGUUCAUGUUAUAACAGAGGAAGAUCUGGCAGUAGCUGAGAAUAAUCAAAGGAGAGAGAUAACAAAGAAACAUCAAGAAAGUUCAUGUAACUCUGAUUCAUUAUCCUGUAAUAUUUGCCCUCGAACAUACAGCGACUGCUUUGUGGAAGCUUUGGUUGUGGCAGCGGAGAAGGACAAAGAUAUUGUGACUGUUCAUGCAGGAAUGGAAAUGGAACCACCAUUGCAAUUAUUUCAGGAAAAAUUUCCAGACAAGUUUUUUGACGUGGGUAUGGCUGAGCAACAUGCAGUUACAUUUUCUGCUGGCUUGUCAUGUGGAGGAUUGAAGCCAUUUUGUAUAAUACCUUCUGCUUUUCUGCAGAGAGCUUAUGAUCAGGUCAUUCAUGAUGUGGAUCAACAGAGAAUCCCGGUCCGUUUUGUGAUUACUAGUGCGGGAUUGGUAGGUUCUGAUGGUCCAAUGCACUGUGGAGCAUUUGACAUAACAUUCAUGUCAUGUUUGCCAAACAUGAUUGUCAUGGCACCAUCCAAUGAGGAUGAGCUCGUUCGCAUGGUAGCUACAGCAGCCCAAAUUGAUGAUAGUCCAGUUUGCUUCCGUUAUCCAAGGGGUGCCAUUCCUGGGACAAAAAGUUCUUCAUGCAAUGAUAUUCCCAUUGAGAUUGGAAAAGGGAAAGUUAUUAAAGAAGGUAGAGAUGUCGCCUUGCUUGGGUAUGGCAUUAUGGUUCAGAACUGCCUUAAAGCACAAAUCCUUCUUUCAAAGCUUGGCAUUGAGGUAACUGUCGCUGAUGCAAGAUUCUGCAAGCCCCUUGACAUCGAGCUUGUAAGGCAGUUAUGUGAAAAUCAUGAAUUUCUCAUUACUGUUGAAGAAGGUUCUAUUGGUGGGUUUGGAUCUCAUGUUGCCCAGUUCAUUGCACUAGAUGGACAACUUGAUGGAAGGAUAAAGUGGCGACCGAUUGUUUUACCAGAUGAGUACAUAGAACAUGCAUCACCAAAUGAGCAACUUGCUCUUGCUGGCCUGACUGGGCACCACAUUGCCGCAACGACAUUAAGUCUCCUUGGUCACACCCGUGAGGCCCUCCUUUUGAUGUGCUAGAAAUUUGAUUUCUUCUUUGUAUCUUGCAAAAAAGGAUGCAUUGAUCUUAGCUGUCUGUCGGGAAAAAGAAAUGGAUAAGGUGGGUCCAAGCUUAACGCCAGCGUUGUGUUCAGUGAUGUCUUGUAAUUGUUGCUAUAAUCUGUACAGUUGUUUUGAUUUGCUGCUGAUAUAUUUUAUGCAAAUAUUUGUUAAUGGUUUUGGUGGCACGCUGAAAAUACAACCUUGUGGGAUCAUUAAUUUGCUCAUCGCUGAUACGUUUGUACGCUAAAACUGGAGCAACAUAGAUUCUGAGGCACCUAAAGCUGUGUUUGGGAAUACAGAAUGGUAUCAGACAGUGUAAGGGUGACGAGAGAUUUUUAUUUUUUGGGGUUAAUGUGGAGUGACUAAGGACCUGUUUGGUAUCAUUUUGUUUUCUAUUUUUAUUUCUACAUAGUAAAGAAACAUAUUAUAAAAA